CGCGAGAGUCGGAAAGGCCCACUGAAGCUCUAAGAUUUCAGUGAAAAAGAUGGGGUGGAUCUGGCUUGAGGAAGGGGCGUGGUCACGUCUGGCGGAAGGCAAGAACUGGGAGCUGGAGCAGAUGGGAUGGAGUGUCCAUAUGGAGAUGAGCGUGGUCUUAUUGGCGCUGAGCUGGGGGCCAGGAAGUGGACAGAUCAGCCUGGCGGAUGAAGGGGCGUGGCUAUGUGAUCGGAGACCCUAUCCGCAGUCCUACGGACUUGGUUAGUUGGCUCAGGGCGGGACCUCAGAGAAGGGCCUGGGACUGGGCGGGGCCUCGGGCCGUCACGUCAGUCUCAACAAGGUGGUCUCAACACGGCGACUCACAACUCCAGUUGCUCGCCCAUUAGCCGGGUCUCACCAACUUUGUAUCGCUGCUGUCUUGGCUCUUGGCCCGCGGUUCCCCAGUUUCUGUGGGACGCCCUCCGUCUGCCCCGCGCUCUCGGGCUAGAAUCGCUGAGUUUCUCCAUCGCAAAGCAGAUAUCCCCAUUUCCAUGAGCUCCCUAGGGGAUCAGGUACGGGACUGGCACCAGGGGGUAAUGGCUGUGGCACGCGAAGACUGGGACUGCGCGCUGUGCCUCUUCUCAAACGUCCGGGAACCGCUAGCCAAGAUGUACUUUAACAUGGGCUGCGUGCACCUGAUGGCAGGGGACCCCGAGGCUGCGUUACGGGCAUUUGACCAAGCACUGACCAAGGACACCUGCAUGGCUGUUGGCUUCUUCCAGCGGGGAAUGGCAAAUUUCAAGCUGGAGAGGUUCCAGGAGGCUGUGUCUGAUUUCCAGCUGGCCCUGGCCCAGCUGAGAGGCAAUGCUGCCAUUGACUACACACAACUGGGUCUGCACUUCAAAUUGCAAGCAUGGGAGGUCCUAUACAACAAGGCAUCAGCACAGUGCCGGGCAGGGCUCUGGACCAAUGCUGUCGAUACUCUAGAGGAGGCAAUAUCCAAAUGGCCAGAGGGGGCCCAAGAUAUCCUGGACAUUGCCCUGGACCAAGCACAGAAACAGGUACCCCUGCAGCUGAGGCAAGUCCCCAAAGGUGAGGUCUUCCAGCCUCCCAGGCAAUACCUAAAGCAUCUGGAGCCCGUGGAUUUCCUAGGCAAGGCUAAGGUGGUGGCUUCUGUCAUCCCUGACAACCACAACCCAGACAUCCAGCCUCGGCAGAGGUUCAAGGAGGGGCCAGUCGGCCAUCCAUCUUCUCCAGCCAUGGGUAAGAGAAUCCUGAGCAAUAGGGGUAGGAGGAGCCACCUCAGGAGAGCUGUGACAUGGACACUUGUCCCAGAAGGAAAGUUUGGGGACAGGGGACAGCUACCUGCCAGUCAUUCCUCUACCUUAAAGUGUCUCCUUUAUGGAAAGGUGGUCCCAAGAGUCCUGCUCCAUGCUACAGUUUGCUGGCAUCUGGAGUCCCCACUGAAGAUCCCACAGGAGCUGGGCUCUCAACCUAGCCUCUGUUCUGAUCCUUGGGGCUCAAGGACCAACCUCUCUUCAAAGGCUGUGCAACCAUGUUUCUGCCCUCAGGGAGCAGCUGCUGAGGACCUUGAACCCUUGGUGACUGCCACUUUGCAGUGCCACUUUACUGUGCCCCUGAAGGUCCCAAGAGGAACUGGUUUGUCCAGCUUGCGGACACUGCUGGCUCAAGCUCUCCUUCACCAUGCCCAGACGGGGCAGCUCAGUUACAAAGCCCCAGGAGAUGAGAAGUCCUGGAUCCCCAUCCUCACGGAGGAAUCCCUACAGAGUGUAUGGAGGAAUGUGGCCAUUGGCCCACGAGGGUUGCAGCUCCAGUGCCGAGGAGCCUGGGGCCGGCCAGUCCUCUACCGAGUAGUGGCUCGACACAGCUACCCAGCCCAAAAGCCUGAGGAUCUGGACUUCCAGCAAGGGGACACAGUGGACGUUCUGUGUGAAGUGGAUGAAGCAUGGCUGGAGGGACACCGAGAUGGCUGCACUGGCAUUUUCCCCAAGUGCUUUGUGGUCUCAGCUGAUGUCUGUGUGGAAGCCCCACCUGUUCUGGGACCCCGGCCAGGAGACCAGCAAUAAAUACUGUGACAAGA